GCAGCGGGCGGCCAUGUUGGAGCAGCGGAGGCGGCGCAGAGGUGCGUCCUGGGUCCCCGCGGCGGCGCCGGUGCUGAGCACUGGUUUGCGGAUACCCAGGCAGAUCUGCAGUGCCUAAUGCAAUGAGCGUGGUGGUGCAGCAUGUGGAAGAGAAAGCUGUGCACUCCUGGUCGCGCAUCUCCACUGCAGGGAAGAAGGCCCUGGAAGAGGCGCUGCUUGUCUUUAACCCCAUGAGUCAGGAUCUCAAUGCCACGGAAGCGCAACUUGUGGCCUUCCUGCAGGGACUGCGAGAUGAUGGCUUCCAGCCUACUAUCCUGCGUAGUGGUGAUGUCUAUGGCUAUAGUUCAUGUACAGCCAACCCCCCAAGUCAGACAAAGCUGCAGGCUCGUGCCCCCAACUCAGUUGCCACAUCACCUCCAGCCAAUGCUCCCCGAACUGCCAUGCGGCUGCCCGCAGGCCGGGCCACACUGCUCCCCAUGCCUCUGUCUGGCAGGCUGGCCAAAGCGUCCACACCAGCUCUUGCCAAGCAUGCCACAACCAACCUGCUGCUGAGCUCCCUGAAGCAGUCAAGUGCCAGCCGCGCCCGGGGUGCAGCAGUGGGCUUCCCCACCCACCUCUAUCCAGGUGUCUACCCUGCCAUGCGGCUCUCUGUUGUCCUUGAGGCCCUGGUUCCACUCAAGACUCCUAUGCACUCUUUGGCUGCCAAGCACAAGGCACAGUCACUGCAGCUCUCACUUGUGGACCCUCCUCUGAAACUGCGGAAAGCUUCAGGUAACCCCCGGCUCAAAGCACCUAGGAAAACCACAAGCAAGGGCCCCAAGUGUCUGACUCAUAAAGGCCCUGGGGCUGGACCCCAACGAGGCACUGGGCCCCAGAGCAAGAUCUACAAAGCCACUGGGUCACUCAGUGGCCUGCAAGUGAAAGGGGGCUCUGCCCUGGGCAACAAAACAGCCCAGGCCAAGACAGCUCGAACACUGGCCAAAGCUGCCGGUACCCAUGCCAAGGUGGCUCGAACACAGGCCAAGGCUGCCGAGGCCUGUGCCAAAGCCAAGGCAGCACGGGUCAAGGCCAAGACCAAGGCAGCACGGGCCAGGGCCAAGGCCAAGGCAGCACGGGCCAAGGCCAAAGCCAUGGUGGCUAGGGCGAAGGCUAAGGCCAAGGCAGUGCAAGCCAAGGCCAAAACCAAGGUGACUCAGACCCAGCCCAGGGGCAGAGGCAGGCCAAAGGGGUCAGUUCAGGCCAGGACUGCAAGGAAAGGCCAGAAAACCUGCCCUGAGACUGUAGGGCAGAAGAGAAAAAGGGCUGAAGAGGCAAAGGAUCUUCCUCCCAAGAAGAAAACACGGCUUGGGCCCCAAACUCCUAAAGCAUGGCUAGGGCCUGGAACGACAAAGCUGCUAAAGUUCCGGGCCAUAAAGGUAGAUAGGCAGUCCUCCGAUGAUGAGGUACGGCAGCGGGCUCAACAGAUACUUCGUGUAAACCUGUCUCCUGUAAUACGGCUCCAGCCAUUGCUGCCGUACUUGGCGCCCUGAUUCCUUCACACAGCAAUGUUUGGAGAAACAGCCCAGCUAUCUGUGUGGCUAGUAGCACAGUGUGCUAUACCCGUGGACUCUGCAACCUUGAGGACUCUGGGUUCCUUUCUAGGUCCCUGGUGGCCACCAGCUUCCUUUCAGAAA